AUGCAUCGAACCAACAGCGAGGGCGGCGCUUCGUCCACCGCCUCGUCGCAGAGGUGGCGCAUCUCCUCGGCCUUUCGCAAAAUCGGGAGCAUCAGCGGCUCUAGCAAGGACGACAAGAAUGCGACGAAUAAGCAUGGCAGCCCAUCUGUCGACACCGACUCCCACGAACCCUCCAUUCACGAAAACAGCUCCAUUCAUAUCCACGAAACAUCAAAGUCAAGUCAUCACCAGCUGCAAGCUCUUGUUGCGCGCAUGCGAGGCGCUCCCCAAGGUCCCAACCACGUUGAUGGCGCCUACAAAGAGUUUGAAAAGAUCAGCAAGCGGUGCGCAGCCCUCUGCGAUGCCAUCCUGCGAGAGGAGAUUAAGCUGCCUCGCAAGCUCUCCGACACCAACGGUACCCUUCCCUUGAUUCGCCACGACUCCCUAGCCGACGGCCCUCGCAGUCCAAGUGCUCUAUUCGACCAUAGAAGUUCUUUUAGCGGCCGCAGCUUGGCGGAAGUAGUCACAAAUGGCGGAAGCAGGAGUCAUCAUGGCGGGGACAUGUGGCUUACUCCUAUCCGCGACUGGAAGGCAUGUCUCGAGGUGCUGACGGACUCCUUCAAAAUCAGCCUCGCCGAGACGUACAAGAGCUACGAACGGGAUGCGACACCAGAAAUGCUCGAGGCUUUGUUCUCGAGCAAGAAAUUUAGAAGAGAAGCAGUUCACCGAAUGCGCAAUGCGAGCGUCACCAAGAUUUUGUCUGCAGAUCCCCAAUUUUUUCCGCGAUAUGAAAUACGAUUUAGAAACUACGAAAAGGUCAAGCAAGAACUCAGCGAUGUUCGGAAACUGCUCCAAGCUGGAGAAUCGGGCAUCUCUCCGGCCAGAGUCAUUGAGGAAUUUGCCAUCCACCCUCGCGGUGACGUUGUUCUCGAGUUUGCCAACAUUGGCCCCGAUGCUACCGGCAAUGAGCCUGCGCUGCGCUUCCGUGUUUCUUCCGCCUUGCUAGCAGAGACGUCGCCCAUCUUUGGGCGUUUGUUUUCCGGGCACCCCAACAGUCUCUACAUCCAUGAAACUGACGACAUCAGUGACGAGCUCCCGCCGCCGCCGGUGCCGUAUUUCUGCGAUGAUGGAUCCGAGGUCAAGCUGUACAGGAUGCCGCAGCAAGAAUUCAACCGCGGCGGCUCACUCGAAAUCCUGCUCCACGCCGGUCACAUGCACAACGAUAAGGUGCCUAGAGACGUUACCUUUGAGCAGUUUGUCGCCAUUGCUGAGUGUUCCUUGCGGUACAGAAGCACAUCGCCGUUGGAAUUGGUCGUCGAGCACAGAUGGUUGCCGCAGUGGAUGCACAAGGGGGCCGAUGACAUGCCGGAUGGACUCCUCAUCAUUAGCUACGCGUUUGGCCUCCGCCAGCUCUUUACUCGAAUGUCCAAGAGCGCUAUACUAAAUCUUGCCGACGAAAAAGACUUGGACAGUAAGGCUUGGCCCAGGAAGAUCAAGGAGAAAGUUUGGGCGGUUCGCUGCGCCAAGGUUGAUCAGCUCUACGCAAGCUGUAGGAGCACAAUACAGGAAUAUAUUCGACCACCAGCGCAGGAUGAGUCCUCGCAAACUAAUCAGCACAUUCCUCUCUCCGAGCUCGACAGCCACCUCGCCUCGCCCAUUCAGCCUUCCAUGACGCUGACCAGCACCCCGAGAUGUCCCAAGGGCAACCACUGGUGUGACGCCUCCAACCUCGGGUGGAUGAUGCUGGUGUACAACGAGCUCGGCUUACUGCCCACCAUUGUACAGCCCAGCCUCAUGUCACACCUUCCCAACGUUCAUCCUCCAUCCAAGAGCUUGGCACAGAUGAUGGAAACACUUCGCUCAACACCGAGUCCUCCCGCGCCGCUUCACCCUGGGGGUGUUUGUGACCCCGUUCCCGCGUUUCGGGCAUCCAUCGCCGAUAUUUACAACAGCGUCACUGGCUUGACCCUGUUUGAUAUCAGUGGCAAGAGCCACGGCUGGGCGCUGUCGAAGCACAAAAUAUCAGAGCCACAGUUGCUUCUCACAGCUGGCCUGAACCGAAUGGCUGCUGCGCAUGAGAAUAUUCACAGCGUUGUUUCCGAAUUUCCAGAAGAGAUUCGACUCCAGAUUCUUAGUGAGAUGGAGGACCUGGAAGAUCUUCAGGCCGCUGCUAGGAUCAACCGAGGAUUCUACGAGACGUACAAGAGAAACGAACUCCAACUCAUGCGUAACAUUCUACGUGCCGAUAGGAUACGGUGGGGAAGUAUGGGAAGAUACUCGCUAGAAGACGACAGGGCGGAAAGCAAAAUCUUAAAGUCAGAGGCCGACAUGCUCAAAGAAAGGGGCUUUGGCGAUGGCGCAGAUGCAAUCACUCUACGAAGCGAAGACGACGAGGGGCUGUACGAUUCGGACGACUCUGACGAAGACGACGAUAGCGUCGACCCGUUGACUCGAAACGGUUCUGUAUCCUCACAAGGCGGGCGGUCCCACACCAGCCAUGAGGAUGAUGUUGUGAGUAUUCUGGCUCGUGACCCGCCGCCGCCGUUCCAAUCACGAGAGGCCAAUCCUCCGCCGCCACUGCUGCCAGUCGCCAACGUUGACGAGAGUCAUGACGGCUCAGAGGACGACGACACGGCCACUCCAACGACACCUCGGCAACGCUCAUUUGAGCUCUCAGAUGAAUCGACUACGCCUUCAGACCAGACGAGCGUGGUGUCGGCAGACGACAUCUACGAGCCCCCGAUGACGGAAGAGGAAGCACGCAGAAUUUUAUGGCCCGAUCACUUGGUAGUGGCUGCACCCCCAGAGCGAGGUGCUGUAUCUCCCGGGGUGGAGGGGCUGCGCGAAAAGUUUCGGGUUGGUGAUAUUUCUUUUAUCGAGGGCCUUGAAGACAAGGCGCUUAUUAAGACUGAGACGAAACAGCUGCAAAGCGAACACGAUGCGAGAAUUGGUCUUCUUAGAGAUGAUGCGCGGCCUAGCUCUAGCUCGUCGACGCGAAAGGCUUCUAAUGGAGUUGAGCACAUUGAGAAGAUUAAUGGGAGAAAUGGGGGGGAAGAUGAAGUGGAGGUGGUGUUGUCUUGA